AUGCUCACACGUCCGCUGCUCAUCUUCGCCGAUUGGUUGCACAAGAGAGGCGGAUUGCGCGCCGGCGGCAAGCGCUACGGCGUGCGCUUCUCCUGGGUCGGCGACGGCUCGAGCGCGGUGCAGGUGGCCAACGCGACCGCGCGAGCGAUGCGCAAUGCUCGGGCGCGCUUUGCCUUUUCGGGUUACAGCUCGGGGCUGACGUGGUUUGCUGCUCAGCAGAGCGCUGCGGAUGGGCUGCUCAUGCUCUCUGCUGGCUCAGCCGCGACGACGGUCUUCGCCCAGAACAACUUGACCUUCGGUCUCUACCCGCCGGCGAGCAUGUACACAGCGAGCGGCCUCGAGGCCAUUGCGGCGGCCGCGCGUGCGCUCGAUGCGCGUGCAGACGUGCGCAUCGCGCACAGCUCGUCGCUGCUGCCUUGCUUUGGUGGCGUUGGCUGCCUGGCGAGCCUGCGUGCUGGCUUCGUGCAGGUCGACAACUUGUUCACCAGAGAUCAGUGCGCCGCGUCGCCGGCGUGGGCUCGACGCCACGGCAUUUCCUCCGUGUCGCUGCCGCCAGUGACGCUCAGGAUGGUCCCGUCCGUGGAGGAAGCCACGACGCUGCUGCAGCAGCUUCGGUCGGCGGGCGCCACGGUGCUCGUUGGGUGUACGUACCACACGGCGGCCGUCGUCAUCAUCGCUGCCCUCGAGCGAAUGAACUGGAGCCCGUACGCGGUGCUGCUCUCUGAGACGAUUGAUAAGGCCUCCUUCAUCUCGCGCGUAGCUGCUGGCUGGUGGCAGGGUGAGUAUGUGCUAGGGCCGACGCAGUGGACUUCGUCGCUGCCGACCACCGGCACCUUCUCGCGCCUCUCAUCGUCUGAGUUUGCGGACAUGUUCCGCGCGCGAUUUGACGGUGCGGAGGUCAGCUACAACGGAGCGGCGCAGUUCGCCGCAGCGUGUGCGCUCGGCGCUGCCAUCGAGGCUGCCGACAGCGUCGAGACGGCCGCGGUGAGGGCACAGCUCGAACGGCUGACCCUAGACGAGUUCUACGGUCGCAUUGCCUUCGGCGCCGAGCACCAGAUCAGCAGCGCGGGACUGCUCGUCGCGCAGCAUCCGCCCGGAGAGCCGCUCAAGGUAGUGCACUCGCCGACGGGCCUGCCGACGACAGGUGAGCUCCUCUUUCCGUCGCCACCGUGGGCGCAGCGCCGCUGCCGCGUCCUCGGGCCAGCAGCGAACGCUUCGGCCAGCGGGCAGCGCAGCGCAGGAAGCCUUGAGUGCAGCGGGCACGGCUCGUGCAGCCUGGAAGGUGCUUGCCUCUGCGAUGCUGGCUACGGCGGGAUCGCAUGCGCGCGCAGCCUACUGCAGGCUUGUGGGACUGGGCACGAGCCGGACCCCGACCCUUUCGCCACAGAGCACUGUCGAGCAUGCCGGCACGGCACGUGGAAGAGCGAAGCGUCGUUCGAGCCGUGCGAGCCGUGCCCUGCCCGAUCGAGCACUAUGCUCUUGGGAGCCACAGCGCGCUCAAAAUGUGAGUGCUUCGUCGGCUUCUACGCCGAGCCGCUGCCAUCAUCCUCGGCAGACGCGUUUCAUUGUCGCGUGUGCACCGGCUUCCAAUGCCCGUCCGCUGGCACGACGCUCGCCACGAUCAGCCUCGGGCCCGGCACGUGGCGCUCCUCUGCGCGCACGACAAGCAUCGUCAGCUGCCGCGGCGGCGCCAACGGCACGAGUCCGUGUCUCGGCGGUGUCUCGGCUGAGAGGGGAUACUGUGCCGGCGGCCACAGCGGCACCAGGUGCGAGGUGUGCGGUCCGGGCGACUACUUUUCCGAGCACCUCGCGGCGUGCACCGCGUGUCCAGCGGCGAGAUCGACGACGUCCGCUCUUGGAUGGCUCUCGCUGAUCGGAAUGGCGAUGGCGCUCUCCUACUUCAUCUUGUAUCCGUCGCUUGUCCGUCUGCUGCCGACGGAGCAGGCCAUCACCUUCGCCAGCGCGACGGUGGCGCUCUACCGGCGGCCAUACGCGGUGUACAAGGCCUUUGACCUCAAGAUCAAGUUCAAGAUCGGCUUCUCCUUCUACCAGGCGGCGGUCAUCUUCCCGUCCGCGUACCGGGUCGUGCUGCCCGAGAGGUACACGCAGACCAUGUCUGUCUUCUCAUGGACGAAGCUCGACGGCCUCACGCUACUUCUACCGACCGCAUGCUAUCCCGCAAGGCUCGCGAGCCGACUGCUGCGCGAGGCGCUUCUUCCGCUUGCUCUUCUCGCCGCCGUGCUGCUCUGCGGCUACCUGCGCGGCCGCAUGCAGCGCCUCUCCGCGCCGUUGACCAUUGGGCUGCCUGAGACUCUGUGGCUGUCGUUCGUCCUCGUGCCUGUGGUGAGCGCCGCCAUCUUUCGUGCGUGGGACUGCACGGCGUUCCCAUACGACGACGCGGCCGACGCCGUGCAGUUCCAGCUGCGCGCCGAUCUCGCCGUGCGCUGCUCCGAUCCGACCUAUCGAAGCGACGCGCACGAGGAGGUUGUGCGGCAGGCUACCGCGCUGCUCCUUCUGUGGCCGAUCGGCUUUCCGACUCUCUUCACCUUGCUGCUCCUCCGUUGCCGCGGCGACAUCCUCAACGGCCGUUCGACCCCCCUCUCCCGUGCGACGACCUUCCUGCACCAGGACUACAAACCGAAGUUUUUCUUUUGGGAGCCGGUCGAGAUGGUGCGCCGGCUGAGCAUCACAGGCUUUGUGCUCCUCGUCGAGGACGCGCAGCACCGGCUCUACCUGGCCGUGAUGCUCUCCGCGAGCUUCUCCAUCAUGCUCGCGUACGUGCGCCCAUACGCGAAGCCGAUCAACAACCUGCUCGCCCUCGGUGCGCACCUCUCCAUCACAAGUACCCUCGUCGCUGGCACCUUCCUUCGCUUGUUCGCCGGCGUCGAGAAGGGCCUCGAUGGCGAUCGGCAGCAGCUCGAGCGCAUCUUUGGAUUCGAUGCCACCACGAGCGUCAUCAACACCCUUGUCGGCUUCAACUUCGGCUUCCUCGCGCUCCUCGUCCUCGCCUCGGUCUACCAGGCCGCCCACAGCGCUAGCGCCGCUCAGGAGGACCAUGUCGGGCGCAGCAAAGAAACUGGACGACGCAGCCUCGCAGACGUCGAUCGCCCGCUCAUGGAGGAAGCGAAUGUUUCCGAGACUGAGUGA